CCUCCGCCCACGUCCGCUGCGCUGGAAAAGCCUUCGCGAGCUCAGUGGAAAAUCACCUCCGUCCGCCCUUCCGAUACGCGAAAACAUCUGCAGCGACGUAAUCAAACAAGAACAGGAAACUACGUCCCUGAAGUAGGGAAUUGAGAUCGCCGAAAUUGAAUUGUCGCCCGUAGGCUAUUUGUUUUAUUGUAGCGGACUGUAGACUAGCAUACACGCAUCACGCCCAUUCCGAAACAUCCUCAGCCUGCAUUGACACAGGAAACAUUAAGCAGAUUGGAUCGUGACAGGUCAGCUUUGAAGGGCGCUAGACGAGAAAACACCCUAAUACGAAUCAGCCGGAACCUUUCCCGGUAAGAGUAAAAUAAGUUACAAUGUUUUUAUAUAAGGUAGCAUUCACUGUUGAUAGCUUGUUUAUAUAAACACGUUGUCUUCAUUUCUAGAUCCAUGUUGCUCAAAUGGCCUACUCAAGUGGCGAGUGGGCAAGGUUUUUUUCACUACCGUAAUUAACUACAGUGCGUGAAAUAUGCGUACGUAGAGUAGCCCAUAUUCUGGAUGGAUUGACCGCAAUAUUUGAAUUUAAAAGAAUUAGUAUUUAUAUGCCUGGUCGUGCUUGCUUUCCUGUUCUGUGAGACUGUUCUCUGUAUCAAUGAGACACACUCCUUUCACGCCACUUCGAUAAAAAGUGAUUUACGUAGCAGGUUAGGAAAGCAUUUCCCCUAACUCUUUUCCUAACCUUAACCUCAGUCUCCUAACCUGCUAUGUUAAUUUCCUAACCUGCUGCAAGUUCUCCUAACCUGCUACGAAAAAGUCACUUCGGUAUUCAAGUGGCAUUAAAAUAUUGUUUUCCCAGUAGCCUAUUCUUGACAGUGAACUCUCAUAUUUGAAGAAGACUGUAAUCAAUGUAACUCUUAUAGAAUGACAAUAUCAUAUUCAAAUGUUAAUAUUUUGUCUUAAAAAAAAGUGUUUGCAGGACUAUAACCAGAGUAAAACUUUGGCUGUAUUCAGUUUUUUUUUUAAAUAUCACGUGUCCAAUGGGGCAACCACACAGCUGGCUCAACCUGCCCAGAUGCCAUACAUUUCACUUUGACAAUAAGGAGGAACCAGAAAGAUCAGUUUUAGGCUACUGGACUUCUUUGCAGUUUGCAUAUGGAUAGAGAGUGCAUGCAGGCUAUUAAAUGGGGGUCAUUCUUUUCCUUUGCUCUCACUUACGUAGAGAUGUCCUAGUUUCAUUAUUUCAGAGGCUAUAAUUAGGCAUGCACCCAGAGGCAGGCCACACACACAUACACACACACACACACAUUCAUGAACUAUAAAUAUCAGAGCAUACCUCCCCAGGUAAUUCAGUCAAUUGCUUCUUUACAACCUCUACAGAGUUAGUCUUUGACGUCUUCAAGAUCCUUUCCCCAUUGAGAGAAGCUAUGGCCCACUAGGCUGUGGCUAAACAAUGUCUCUUUUAUCUGGAUGGUCACAAUAACAUUUUGUAACCCCUUAGGUUAGCCACGCACAGCACAAUUUGUUGGGAGAAACAAACCACCAGAAACUCUCUGACUCCAUAUCUAAGGUACUAUCUAAGGCCCCACUAGCCUACACAGGUAUUAAAGGUGUUGACCAUCUCUCUCUCUGUCUCUUUCUGUCUCUCAGGUCAGGUGUCAAGUAUGGCUGAUCUGCUGAAGCUGCUGCUGCGUGUGGCAGAGAAGGCGGCCAACGUGGCCCGCGUGUGCAGGAAAGAAGCCCCUCUUUUCCAGCUGCUGGUCCAGGAGAAGACUGGGGUGGACAAGAACAAGAAGUUUGUCCAAGACUUCAAGACCCUGGCUGAUGUGGUAAUCCAAGAGAUGAUCCGCCAUGAUGUUGGAGCUCAGGUACAAGAACCAAAACACUUCUCAUGUUAUCAUGAUGAGGAUUGUUUCAUGUUUGAAAUAUUUUUAGGCAAGCCUCUGGAGGAUUUGUGGCAUAUCGCUCUCUGGUAUGAUAAAAUAUUUUUGACAAUCUUAACCCCCUACUUGUUUUAUCCUGUUUAACCUUAGUUUCCUGAAAUGAUUGACCAUAUACAAGGAGAGGAGUCUAACAAGUUUGAGAAUGGACUAGGUUAGUAAUAACAACACCCACAGUUCAGUAACACUUAGUACUAUUACUAUGUAACAACAUGUUAAUACAAUGCUGGUACAUGACUAAUAACAGUGUCAUAACAUGGGUAUAAGAGCAACAUAUACAAUGACAUCUACUUUUUAAUAACACUAGACCUGUUGACUGUGUGUGUAUUCAUGCGUGCGUCCCAGGGGAGAGUGUGAUAGUCACAGUGUGUGGGAUGGAGAAGGAGACAGCAGCGCUGCUUGCCACGGUGCUGGACGGGGACCAGACGGCGGCGACACUCCUGGCGAGUGCCAUCCACCAGGACGCUGAGCUCACACUCGCAGACACAGGGACAGACGACCUCUACAUACCCCUCAGCCCCUCUGACCUGGGCAUCUGGAUCGACCCCAUCGGUAACACCUGACCUAGAGUCACUAUUUAAAAACAAGAUUUGUUGUAUCUCCGUAGAUAUACGUGAAUGGAUAUUAUGGAUAAUGUUUAGAAGGGAUGUGUAAGCACUGAGCAGAUCCAAUUGUAAUGUAUGGUGUAUUGUGUAAUUACUACACCAACGCCAAGGGAGAGAUUUUUCCUUGUCCUUUAACACUGUUAUAAUUAUAAGCAAGGCACAUAUUAUUAUACGUAGUGCCUUCGGAAAGUAUUCAGACCCCUUGACUUUUUCCAUAUUUUGUUAGGUUACAGCCUUAUUCUAAAAUUGAUUAAAUUGUUUUUUUCCCCUCAUCAAUCUACACACAAUACCCCAUAAUGACAAAGCAAAAACAGGUUUUAUACAUUUUUGCUAAUUUAUUAAAAAUAAAAACUGAAAUAUCACAUUUACAUAAGUAUUUAGACCCUUUACUCAGUACUUUGUUUAAGCACCUUUGGCAGCGAUUAUAGCCUCGAGUCUUCUUGGGAAUGAUACUACAAACUUGGCACACCUGUAUUUGGGGAGUUUCUUCCAUUCUUCUCUGCAGAUCCUCUCAAGCUCUGUCAGGUUGGAUGGGGAGCGUUGCUGCACAGCUAUUUUCAGGUCUCUCCAGAGAUGUUCGAUCGGGUUCAAGUCCGGGCUCUGGCUAGGCCACUCAAGGACAUUCAGAGACUUGUCCUGAAGUCACUCCUGCAUUGCCUUGGCUGUGUGCUUAGGGUCAUUGUCCUGUUGGAAGGUGAACCUUCGCCCCAGUCUGAGGUUCUGAGCACUCUGGAGCAGGUUUUCAUCAAGGAUCUCUCUGUACUUUGCUCAGUUCAUCUUUGCCUCGAUCCUGACUAGUCUCCCAGUCCCUGCCGCUGAAAAACAUCCCCACAGCAUGAUGCUGCCACCACCAUACUUCACCGUAGGGAUGGUGCCAGGUUUCCACCAGACGUGACACUUGGCAUUCAGGCUAAAGAGUUCAAUCUUGGUUUCAUCAGACCAGAGAAUCUUGUUUCUCAUGGUCUGAGAGUCCUUUAGGUGCCUUUUGGCAAACUCCAAGCGGGCUGUCAUGUGCCUUUUACUGAGGAGUGGCUUCUGUCUGGCCACUCUACCAUAAAGGCCUGAUUGUUGGAGUGCUGCAGAGAAGAUGGUUGUCCUUCUGGAAGUUUCUCCCAUCUCCACAGAGGAACUCUAGAGCUCUGUCAGAGUGACCAUCGGGUUCUUGGUCACCUCCCUGACCAAGGGCCUUCUCCCCUGAUUGCUCAAUUUGGCCAAGUGGCCAGCUCUAGGAAGAGUCUUGGUGGUUCCAAACUUCUUCCAUUUAAGAAUGAUGGAGGCCACUGUGUUCUUGGGGACCUUCAAUGCUGCAGACAUUUUUUGGUACCCUUCCCCAGAUCUGUGCCUCGACACAAUCCUAUCUCUGAGCUCUACGGACAAUUCCUUCGACCUCAUGGCUUGGUUUUUUCUCUGACAUAAACUGUCAACUGUGGGACCUUAUAUAGACAGGUGUGUGCCUUUCCAAAUCAUGUCGAAUGAAUUGAUUUUACCGCAGGUGGACUCCAAUCAAGUUGUAGAAACAUCUCAAGGAUGAUCCAUGGAAACAGGAUGCACCAGAGCUCAAUUUCGAGUCUCAUAGCAAAGGCCCUGAAUACUUAUGUAAAUAAGGUAUUUCUGUUUUCAAUUUUAAUUUUAUUAGCAAACAUUUCUAAGAACCUGUUUUCGCUUUGUCAUUAUGGAGUAUUGGGAGUAGAUUGCUGAGGAAAUGUUUUUAUUUAACCAUUUUAGAAUAAGGCUGUAACGUAACAAAAUGUGGAAAAAGUCAAGGGGUCUGAAUACUUUCCGAAGGCACUGUAUGUUGUUCCUAUCGGUUUGGUUGUCCUUCAGAUGCCACCAGCCAAUACAUUGAGGGUCGUGAGGAGUCGGCGGAGGAGGGGCGUCUCUGUCCGUCAGGUCUGCAGUGUGCCCUGGUUCUGAUCGGGGUUUACCUCCGCGCAACUGGGGAACCCGUCAUGGGGGUCAUCAACCAGCCCUUCAACCACAAAGACCCAACAGGGUGAGACUCUAGAACAGGGGUCUCCAACAGGUAGAUCACUUGCUACCAGUAGCUCACAGCCAAUCAAUUCUGAAAGUACAUGCAUUUUUCCAUCGCAAAAUGUCAUAAACAUAAAACUCCCGGCUACUAUCCAAUCAAAGCCACAUUGACAUUAUCCCACCCCUGGUUAGCCACUAUUAGCUUAAAAAGCCAAACGUAACACAAUAUCUGCCAAUUAAUUUCCAGCAAUAUGGCCCUGUCUGUCUGUUUGGUGUGCAUGUUUGUCAAUCACUCCGUAUAUAGCCAGUUAGCUAUGCUAAUAAUGACCGUCUUGUGGGUAGACAGAAGACUUUCCCCAAAAACCUUCUCAAUUAAAUGUUAACUGCAAAGUAGGCUUAUCUGACAACUAUAAAUCAUACUUGUUUGUAUCAAUUGGGUGGCCAUUGUUUUAUAAACUCCGCCAUGACAGUAGGCCUAACAGCAGAAACAUUGCUAAAUUGACACAUUCCUCUCUUGCCAGAUGUGCAAUUAAUGGGGAAUUACACAAAAAAAAUGUUUUUUUGAAAUUGUCUUCUGAUGUGAUUUAAGCAUUGACAUGGACAUCCAUUUUCGUUGAUGCUCUAUGAAUAAUUGUAAUAUUAAGUGUCCCAAACCAGGAAAAAUAAAACAGAGAAAACAGAAUUUAAUUUGAUGGAGCCUGUCAUGCCAAAUACUGUUUAUCAACCAUAAUUUUACCAGGUACAAUAUAUUGACAGAAAACACAACUCUUGUACAUCAACAUCAACGAUCCGGGGAUGAGUUGCAUGGUAGAGAAAAUAAUGUGCCUAUUUGAAAGCAUAAAACAUUUUUGUAGCUCACAUCUAAAAAAAAAAAAAAAAAAAAAAGGUAGGUCUCAUGCUAGAAAAGGUUGGAGACCCCUGCUAUAGAACCAGAACAGCAAAUCAGUGUUGACACCAGGGGCCUCAUUUAUAAAUGCUGCGUACGUACAAAAUAUACCCCAAAACGUGCAGUCGCCAGUUUUCACGCAAAAGUUGGUAUUUAUAAAAAUGUUACUUGACGUGAGAAUGUGCUUAAUUUCCUGCAAACUUUAGACCAUGAGUGUGCACAAUUUCUGGUGGUUGAAGUAUUGCAUUGCAAGCAAGUAGUAUUUUAUGGAAAUGGGGGAUAUGAUGACUCGCUUAUUCAUAAAAAAAAAAAAAACAGGAAAAUAUAACAACAAUAUGCAAUCAUUUGCCGUUAGUGAGGAGCGAAAAUCUAUUUAUUUUAUCUUUGCAAUCUAAAAAAUAUAUAGUAAUAGGAAUCUAUUUCCUGAUUAUUUUAUUUCCAUGAUCAUCAUAAAUUCCUCACCUUUCCUGACUGAUGGUUUCAAACUCCCAAAGUAGCGUAUUCAACAAAUUAGCAUACAAUUAGUUAUUUCAUUUAAUUGGACCUACUUCACAGUAGUAAAUAAAUAAGCUAUUUCAAGUAUUUUGCUCUAUAUGAUCCGAUCCGGAGCGCGGUUAAAAUUAGAACGUAACAGUAGAAUUGACAGUUCACCAUGUCAUUUCAAAUGUUUUAAGUGGGCACAGUUCACCAUGUCAUUUCAAAUGUCUUAAGUGGGCACAGUUCACCAUGUCAUUUCAAAUGUCUUAAGUGGGCACAGUACACCAUGUCAUUUCAAAUGUCUUAAGUGGGCACAGUUCACCAUGUCAUUUCAAAUGUCUUAAGUGGGCACAGUUCACCAUGUCAUUUCAAAUGUCUUAAGUGGGCACAGUUCACCAUGUCAUUUCAAAUGUCUUAAGUGGGCAUAGACAAUGUUUCAGAAUUCGCGGGAAGUGCAUCAUAUUUAGGUUGGGGGGGGAAGAGGUCUAGAGUAACUGAAUUUUUUUUGUGACAACACCUCUGAGAACAUUUGAUCUAAAAUGCUGUGGCCUAAUUCCAAAAGUUCAAAAUCAAACAGCAAAUAAGGGUGUUAUUGUCACCAUAAAAAGGUAAAUGAUGGGUGUUUUCCAGGCGGAAUUAUAAUGCUUGUUCACGAUGUGCACAGUUUACGACAGGUCUGAUUUAUAAUAUAAUAAUAAUAAUAUGCCAUUUAGCAGACGCUUUUGAUUUAUAAUGGGAAAUAUGUGCAAGUAUGGCAUGCCGCAAGUUUAUAAAUCUCAAUCUUUUUUUACUUACGCACACGCAGUUAUUUAGUGUGAAAUUUACUCAACGGUUAUAAAUUAGGCCCCUGGGUUAUGGUCAAUGCCAUUUCAGUUCAGUCGAUUCAAAUAACUAAUUGUUACCAAUUUAAGUAUUGUAAAGUUUUUAUUUUCAAUUGAAUUACAAUUAAACCUGUCUGACACAGAAAUAACAUACUCAAUAAUGCUCAGUUCUCACCAACAAAGCUGCCUUAGUCAAUGACGUUUGUGUGAUGUGCGUAUUUGUUGCAGCUGGAAGGGGAAGCAUUUCUGGGGUGUGUCGUGUGGGACCGUCAAAGCCUGCUCGGUGCUCAGACCUAAAGAUAGACCUGUAGAGACGACAGCAGCGGGAGGACCAGGGCUCUCAGUGGUGAUGAGCUCCAGUGAGAAGCAGGCAGUGAAAGAGGCUUUGGCCCCUCUGUGUGGGCCUGACAGGCUGAUGUACGCCUCGGGGGCCGGAUACAAGAUCCUGUGUGUGAUCCUGGGCCUGGCUGACGUCUACGUCCUCUCAGAGGGUAGCACCUUCAAGUGGGACUCCUGCGGCCCCCAUGCCCUGCUCCGUGCACUGGGUGGGGGGAUGGUGGACCUUAAAGAGUGCCUCCGCUCCUCUGGCUCCAGCCACUGUGAGGGGGGGCACCAGGACCAGGGGGAACUGACCUACCACCAACCCCACACAGAGAGCUCUGGGGUGGACCACUGGGCCAACCAGGGGGGCCUGGUGGCCUAUCUCGACUGUCAAAUGCUCCAUAGGGUUAUUGGGGAACUGAAGGGCAAGUUU